GUACGCAGCUCUACUCCAUCCGGGGUGCAGCUAAACUACAGAAGAAGAGAGUAAUAAUCAGCCGGUGGAGCAGGUUCAGCAUGGAGGUUCAGCAUCUAACGGUCCUCGGCUCGUGAAUCUGGUACAUGUCAGAGGUUUUGACCAUGACGCACUGUCGAGGUCAGAUGCGGGGGCGGCACUGGGGCCCUACGAUGGACAGCAUGCUGAUCGACUUCUGGCGCAAACACGACUGCCUUUUUAACUCCUCGGCGGAUUCUUACUACGACAAGAGUCUGAAGACGAGGCUGUGGGGCGAGUUCGCCUCAUCCGUCGGAAAGUCUGUAUCUGAAGUUGAGAGAAGGUCCAGAUCGCUGCGGACUCAGUAUGGGAGGGUCUUAUGGCAUCCAGAGAGGGUCAGCUCUACCCAGCAGGAGAUGCUCAGGGAGAAACUGGCUUUCCUCAGGCCUUUCAUCGUUCGCAGGCGAGGGGAUUCACAUGUGGGGGGAAAGUUUGAGGACAAAGAGGAGUUGGAGACUGAUGGAAGUACUGAGCAGGAGAUGGGAAGCUCGUUUGGUAGCCCGCUGGAUGCUGAUGUGACUGACCAAGAUCUGGAUGAUGGACCCCCGUGUGUCGCCUCCACCUCUGCUCCCCUGCAUCGUCCACACCCUCAGCCCCGGGUUACAGACGUCGUGUCUUUGAGCUGUCCACACCAUCACGGUAACGAGGCCUCCGCUGAUCAGCCUGAGCAAACGACAAACACAUCCGAAGGCGACUUGCUAAACCAGUUUGCACAGGUGAUGCUGGCGGAUAUGCGUCACAUUAAAGACCCUGUGGUGCUCAUGAGACUCCGCCGAGACAUCACCGACCUCGUGUUCAAAGCAGUGGAGGAGGACCAGAAGAGACGAUGCGUUCGAGUGCCGUCCACACCCCGGCUGGUGCAGAGCGUGCAGUCACGGAGCUGCUCCAGGCUCCCACAGGUCUCUUCACAGACAGACUACGGCAGGAGGACGAGGUCUUUGAAGAGUAAGUGGACACGAAGGUGGGAGGACGUGAAGCACAUGAGGAGAAUGUCCAGGAGUCAGGUAUUAAUGCAGCCCAUCCCGCAAGGUCAAACACCAGAGGAGAUGAAUGAAAGCAGCUCUCAGGUUAUUUUUCAGCCCUCUGAGAUCAAAGAGGAGACAGAGCGGCACAUAGUUAAGAUCGAGGAGGAGACGCUUCCAUCGGCUUGAAAUUUAAGGGACAGAGGUGACACUAUUUUCCUGAUCACAGUCAUUACAGUCAAUAAGUGUAGGAUAGAAAGACGUGGGACAUUUAAAAGGACGGUUCACCACAAAAUCCAUGUUCUUCCUCUGCCUGUACUGCUGUUUAUCCAUCUAUGUAGUUUGAGUGUGAGCUGCAGAGUUUUGGAGAUAUCAGAUGUAGAGAUGUCCUCCUUCUCUUGAAUAUAUACAUUUGAAUAACUCAACAGCAGUGUCUCUUUGCAUAUGAUGCAACACAGAUGUGCUUAACUCACAUUAAAAAUCAAAGCAGAGAGACUUUUUUGCGUUUUGCAAACAAGCUGCCUGGUUUCUAAUGGAUCUAAGCCUUCCAGAAUCGAUCCAGGCCAGCCGUCUCUCGGUCUUUAACUGUGGUAUUUAACAUGAGAGAAGCUUUCAGGCUGAAAGCAUCAGGCAGUGGAUGCUGAACGGAUGUUCUGAUGUUCUUCUCAGAAUGCUGCCUGUAACCUGUCCUGCACUGUGCUGUAUUUAUGAACCAUAAACAUUUUCCACAGGGAAGGAAAAUACUGACCGUUGCAGCUGUUGACCAGCAGAUGGCACCGUGAACACGUUCACUCAGUCAGAGCUUCUGCUGUCGUUGCUGGAUAUGCUGAUGUAGUCUUUUUAUUUGUAUUUAUUUUCUUUUCCAUAUUACUACUUUUAUUCUUUCCAUUUGUUAUAUUAAUAUUUUGUGUUUUGCAUUUUGCAUGUUUUAUCCUAUUGUCUUAACUUUAUCUUGACCUUUCAUUCAUUGUUUCUGCUCUGUUUGGCUCUCUGUUGUCACAUUGUCUGAGUAUCCUGCUUUUGCUUUGUCUGUCAAAGUACUUUGUAAACUCUGUUUUUAAAGGUGUUGCAUCAUC